CAAAAAAGACAACAUGGCCUCGGUGUGAUGAGUAAUCUCAGUCGGUCUCGGUAGUUCGUAUCGUUAACAAAAAUAACAAAACAUCAAAGCAUUUCAGAGCAAUGGGUUUAACGCAAAGCAGUGGUGCACCCGAGGGUGGAUCAGAAGGUUAUCAUGUUCACGGGAUUCAAGAGAACUCACCUGCAGAGAAAGCUGGUUUGGAGCCCUUUUUUGAUUUCAUCAUAUCCAUUGGCAACACUCGUCUUAACCAAGAGAAUGAGAUGCUCAAGGACCUUCUGAAGGAUAAUGUGGAGAAACCCGUGAAGACGGAGGUGUAUAGUACAAAGACCCUGAAGGUCCGAGAGCUUGAGUUGGUUCCAAGCAACAUGUGGGGAGGUCAGGGACUUCUCGGAGCCAGCGUCCGCUUCUGCAGUUUUCAAGGAGCAAAUGAAAAUGUUUGGCAUGUUCUAGAUGUGGAUCCUAAUUCACCAGCAGCAUUGGCCGGACUCAUCGAACAUUCAGAUUUCAUCGUUGGAGCUGACCAAGUUCUGCAAGAUUCAGAAGACUUCUUCUCCCUGAUUGAAUCUCAUGAGGGGAAGCCGUUGAAGCUCCUCGUCUACAAUGUGGAAACAGAUAAAUGCAGGGAGAUGGUUGUCACACCAAAUGGUGCUUGGGGAGGAGAAGGCAGUCUUGGUUGUGGCAUUGGUUAUGGCUACUUGCAUAGAAUCCCGGCACAACAUGACAUUCCAAAAUCUGAGAAAGUAUCUUCUCAGAUUUCUCCCAUGGCAGGGACUCCAGAUCCAGAAUUGUCUCAAAGUGGAUUCACAGAGGUGCCUCUGAUGGCAGCAUCUGGUCAGUCAGUGAGUGGCCUGGAUCUUAACCCCCCACUGCCACCACCUAUUCAGAGAGUCAUGGAUCCUGGUUUCUCAGAUCAAUCAGAAGUGGCUAUGAUGAAUUCAGAGGUAUCCGACAUGGCAGACCGUUUGGACCUAUCGGUUUCUUCUAUUGACAUGACAAACACAUCUUUGACUGUCCGGGAGGAAAUUGACAUAUCUGGUGUUGAGGAGCUACAUGGCAAUGAGGUUCCUUGUGGAGACCAAGAUGAGCCUAUUACAGCUAUUACUUCUUUUACAGCAGACCUUUCACUGCCACCUGCAGAUGUGUCUUCUGAGCCUUCUUUCUCACACCCCCAUUUUUCAAAUCUUCCACUCGAUCCCAACGUCCCAGACAUGGCAUCUUUCAUGAGUUCUUCAAUCCCAUCUCUCGACUCCUCAGCACCUCCUAUAGACAUCUCUUCCCUGCUCAUUGACCCAGCUGCCCUUCGGUUUGACCCAUCUGCCCUGCCUGAAGAAUACUCUGUACAACCCAGCGAUCCCUCAUCUUUUCUCUCAGAAAAUGGUGUCAGUCAGAGUUUUUCUGAUGAGCCACUGAUUAGCUUUGGUGAGGGCAGAGGGGAGACUGUAACCUCUGACCUGUUGUCUUCUGAAAGUGGAGAAAUCAAAGAUGAAGCAGCUCUUCAGUAGCGUCAUUAUCAGGUUUUACCUUGUAUCUUGUUUGCGCAACUGCUCAACAAUCAUUGGGUGCGUGUUUUUAAAUGGUUUUGCUUUUGUUAGAAUCAGGGGUUGCACUCUUCUGGAAUAUUGUUUCUUUUAAGGAUAUUUGUGUGCAAUUUUAUUUUACAUUUAAAGUAGUUUGGAUGUUUGUGUAGGCUGUUGUAAAGUGAUGAGGUCAUGGGUUUUGUAGAUCUUAAUUUAGAAGACAUUAUUUUAUGGAACUACGUUUAAAGUUGUUAUAUUUUUUAGGUUGAUUUAAAAUAUUUCUCCGUUAGUUUUAUACAGCAUAAGAGGUUGGAAGAUUAGAAUUUAAAUCAGCGGUUUGUAGUAAAUAUUUGUAGUUUUUAUUACAUUUUUUUCACUACAUAAUCACUGUUGUGUCAAAACACUAAUGUACAACUAAUCUAAUGUUUGUGUUAUAUUGAGCUAAACAUUUAUGUAGUCAUUUAAAGAAAGGAUUUCUAGAACACUGGGAUACAGAAUAGAUUCCCUAUAAGCUAAAUUUGUCACAAUGUUGUUUUUGCUUUGUUACAUCAAACAUUUGAUCUUUUAGACGAACAGAUUCCUUCUUGGAAAAGCAAGGUACAGAUUUGUAAUAUUGGAUCAGGGUUUUGUAUUUGCGUAGUUUGGCAAACCCAAAUCUUUUUUGGCUGAUUUAAAUAAUUUUAAUGUGCUUUUUAGAAUCUUUCCAUCCCAAUUUUUUUACUGAAAUGUUGUUACCUGGUCUGAUUGGGGGAGGCGCAUGUGUGCUUAAUUUUGUAAAAGAGUAUUCUUAUAUUUAUGUGUAACAUUUUGUUUGCCUACUUAGGAAAUCAGUAUAAAAUCAUGAACAGUACACUAAAUAUAAUUUAUUCUUUUGACACACUGACUUUUUUUGGUUUUCAUGUGGAUGGUCAUUUAUUGAUCUAUGCAAAUAUUGUAAAAAUGCCAAUGGAAUGUAUGUGGUAUAAAUAUUGAGUGUAUAAUUUCAUGCCACAUGUGAGAGUAUACCCAAGGCUUUAUUAUUAAAAAUUAUUUUGGUUAAAUGAAGAACUAAAUGAAACAAUACCUCGUAUAUUUCAAGUUUUUUCGUCAAAGAAAUUCAGCUCCGAGUGAUGACUUUACAUCUCUAUAAAAACUAAAUGAAUCCACAAAAUACUGAAGACAAUUUGAUCAAAUUAAUAUUUUAAUUGUUCAUCGGAAGUAAGAAACGGCCAAUAGGAGGCUUGCUCAAAACCCCCAAACCUUUACUCUUUUGUUUUCAACAGCUUAAAAAAUCUAAUGUAUAUUUUUGUAGUAACGGUUCCUAUAAGCAAUCUGUCACAAAAUCAUCAUUAAAUCACAGCAAUAAAAAGUUUGAAAUAUG